GACUACCGAGCUGAACCAGUGUCCCUUUUAUUUAGAUUUAGGUUUUAUUUAUUUGCUGGGCAUUGCGUUCAUUUAAGAAAUAUAAUAAAUGUUUAUGUUAUCUUUCAUUAUCUUCGUUUAAAGUUUACGAUGGAUGUGAAAUCUUAUUUGUUCUCGUGGGCAUCAAAGAAAAGCUUAACACCGGCUUUUGACAUUCGCGCUACUGGUCCCAAGCAUCGUCAAAGGUUUCUUUGUGAAGUACGUGUUGAUGGCUAUACUUAUGUCGGAGCUGGUAAUUCCGUGACAAAAAAGGAAGCUCAAAAGAAUGCUUCACGGGAUUUUCUCAACUUCUUAGUAAGAACUCGAGAGGUAGCUGCCAAUGAUGUCCCUGCAGAUGUCCAAGUAAAAGUUGAUAAUGAGGAUCUGAGUCAAGGAAAUUUAAUUAACGAACAACAGAAAAGACCUGUUUUUCAGGAUGGCAAGGGUCCUGAAAGCAUGGGUCAAGCGUAUCAAGCUUAUGGUGGUGAAAGAGAAAAUUUCACCUACAUUGAUCGACUCCAACAGCAGAAGAAUGUUGAGGAAGCGGAAGAUCUAGAUGUCAAUGCCAGUCUUCAUGGUAACUGGACAAUGGAAAAUGCAAAAUCAAAACUACAUCAAUUUAUGCAAAUAAAUAAAAUGAAUGCAGAUUAUGUGUAUAAAGCAGUGGGUCCCGAUCAUACGAGGAGUUUUUGCUGUGAGAUGUCUAUAUACGUUCGUCAAUUGGGCCGCAAUGUGACCGGUCGUGAAACUGCUUCGAAUAAACAAACCGCCAGCAAGUCUUGUGCUCUGUCACUAGUACGUCAGCUGUACCAUCUCGGUGUGAUUGAAGCCUUCAGUGGAACAUUGAAGAAGGACCGAUCUUCCGAAGGUAUUAUGAAGCCAUAUAAAGUGGCUAUUAGUCCCGAACUCGAAAAUCAAUUAGAAGAUGCAUUACAAGCAUUAAACAUAGAACCGGUGGAUGUAACUGCUCCGCAGCCAGAACAAGCCGAGGGUCAGGGAGUUACGUUGCUACAGGUCGAUAGAGUGAAAGCAAUGAGGGAGGUGCGGCCCACGCCCUCGGGGGUGGUGUCCUGGUCGCCGCCGCAGCCUAAUUGGAACGCUUGGACCGGUUGCAAUAUCGAUGAGGGACCUUUGGCUACUACUAAUUUGGAUGACAUCAGCAGGGAUUUGGAGAAACAUCAUCGUAAUAUCUGUCAGAACAGUGAGCUUUACCAGGAGAGUGUGUGCGAAAGAGAACAGUUACCGGUUUAUGCGAUGCGUUCACAAAUCAUGGAGGCGAUAAACGAGAAUCCGGUCAUCAUCAUCCGUGGUAACACUGGAUGCGGUAAAACAACUCAGGUGUGUCAGUUUAUCCUGGACGACUACAUCGCGAGCGGGCAGGGCGCGUGGGCGAACGUGUGCGUGACGCAGCCGCGACGCAUCUCCGCCGUCAGCGUGGCCGAGCGCGUCGCCGCCGAGCGCUGCGAGGAGCUCGGCGGCAGCGUGGGGUAUUCCGUGCGCUUCGAGUCAGUGCAGCCGCGACCAUACGGGUCCAUUAUGUUCUGCACUGUCGGCGUGUUAUUACGAAAACUGGAAGGUGGGCUGAGAGGCGUCAGCCAUGUGUUAGUUGACGAGGUCCACGAACGUGACGCGGACACGGACUUCGCUCUGAUUUUACUACGAGACAUGGCCCACACUUACCCUGACUUGCGUAUAAUUCUCAUGUCAGCUACCGUCGAUACUACUCUUUUCGUCAAUUAUUUCGGGAAUUGUCCAGUUAUUGAGGUCCCGGGUCGUACUUAUCCAGUCAAACAAUAUUUCCUCGAAGAUUGUGUGGAACUGACCAAAUUCAUGCCAUCGCCCGAUACCAGGAAAAGGAAAUCAUCAGGGAAGAAGGCGUCUAAAGAUGACGAGGACGAUGACGAUGAAGGUGAUGGUAUUGAGGAAGAAGAAGAUUUUAAUAAAAACUGCAAAAUUGAUAGCAACUAUUCGACUCAUACCGUCGAAGCCAUGGCAAAAUUAUCUGAAAAAGAUCUAAGCUUCGAACUGAUUGAAGCCAUCCUACUUUACAUAAACAAUUUGGGUGAGGAAGGUGCAAUUUUAGUAUUUCUGCCGGGCUGGAACCUCAUAUUUGCACUGAUGAAACACUUGUCUCAGAAUAGAAUAUUCGGAAAUACCGAUAGAUAUGUGAUACUACCCUUGCAUAGUCAAAUACCAAGAGAUGAUCAGAAGAAAGUGUUUAUAACUCCACCACAAGGACUUACCAAGGUGAUUCUAUCGACAAAUAUCGCGGAAACAUCGAUAACAAUCAACGACGUGGUCUACGUGAUUGACUCCUGUAAGGCUAAGAUGAAGCUUUUUACAUCACACAACAAUAUGACGUCAUACGCUACAGUCUGGGCCAGCCGGACUAACCUUGAACAGCGUAAAGGCAGAGCCGGUCGAGUCAGUCCUGGGGUAUGUUUCACGUUAUGUUCGAAAGCGCGUUUUAAUCGCCUCGACGAGCACCAAACCGCUGAAAUGUUCAGGACACCAUUACACGAACUCGCUCUGAGCAUUAAGUUGUUACGUCUCGGGAACAUCGGUCACUUCCUAUCCAAGGCGCCUGAGCCUCCACCACUGGAUGCUGUCAUUGAAGCCGAAGCAUUACUUCGUGACUUGGGCUGUUUGGAUAAUAAUGACGCACUUACUCCCUUGGGAACAAUCCUCGCUAAACUACCUAUAGAACCUCGUUUGGGUAAAAUGAUGGUACUGGGUUUCAUGCUGGGAGUGGGUGACGCUCUUACCACCAUGGCAGCCAACUCUACUACGUUCCCUGAGAUCUUCGUCGUGGAAGGCAGGAGGAGGCUCAGUGUACACCAGCGAGCACUCGCCGGUGAAAGGGCUUCAGACCAUGUGGCUAUGCUUAACGCUUUCCAGAUGUGGGAGAGAGAACGGGCGAAAGGCGACGACGCUGAAAUACAGUGGUGUGAUUGGAAAGGUGUUCAACAGACAACGCUUCAUGUCACCUGUGAGGCUAAAUAUCAGCUAAUAAAUAUACUGACAAUAGCAGUAGGAUUCUCAGAGGAAUGUUGUAUACCUCAGAGAUGGAAUCCAAACGUACAAGACCCAGUAUUGGACUCGGUUAUUGCACUUCUUUGUAUGGGCCUGUACCCUAAUGUGUGCUUGCAUCAAGGGAAAAGAAAGGUACUUACAACUGAAGGCAAACCGGCUUUGAUUCACAAAACAUCAGUAAACUGUAGCAAUCAAGAACAGAAAUUCCAAUCACCGCUGUUUGUGUUUGGUGAGAAAGUAAGGACCAGGGCGAUUAGCUGUAAGCAGACCACUAUGGUAGCACCACUUCACAUCUUGCUGUUUGGUAGCAGGAAAGUCGAAUGGAUUGAUAACAUGGUCCGAGUGGACAAUUGGCUCAAUUUCGAAAUGUCACCGCGAACAGCCGCACUGGUGACCGCCCUACGGCCCGCUAUAGAGAAGUUGGUAGAACGAGCGGCGGCCGAGCCGGAUGCUGCCUUGAACUUCUCGCCAGCGGAACAGAAAGUCAUAAAUUGCUUAAAAGCACUUUGCAUUAUGGACGCCGGUGAUUAUAAUAUACCGCGAGACGCACCGACAUUUUCAUUCAGACCUGACGGAGCUAAAAGAGGAGGUUGGGCACGAGGCUGGGCAACAAAUGUUCCAAGACAUCAGGGAGGAUAUGGCAAUCAAGGUGGCUUUGGGAAUACCGGCGGUUUUAGUAACAGAGGUUUCGGAUCUAGCGGCGGUUUUAGUAACAGAGGCUUCGGAUCUAGCGGUGGGUUUGCAAGAGGUAGUGGAAAUAACGGGUUUGGCAGUAGAGGCGAUUUUGGGAAUCGAGGUGGCUUUGGAAGUAGAGGUGGCUUUGGAAGUAGAGGCGGUUUUGAAGGUAGAGGGGGCUUUGGGGGAGAUAGAAGUGGUUAUGAUAAUGACUUUGGGAACAGAAGAGGUUACGGACGUCGAGGUGGUUUUGGAAAUAGAGGUUGGUAAAAUCAUUCCAAAGUUCUAGUUUAAAUAUAGGAAAAGUGUCACUGUGACUAAGAAAUAAAAUGUUUCAUUGUA